UGGUGGCACCGCUGGGCUGCACUGAUGGGUACUAGUGGGUGGCACUGGUGGGCACUGCUGGGCACAGGUGGGCAGAACUGGUGGGUGGCACUACUGGGCACCAAUCAUCAGGGCACUGAUCAUCAGUGCCCUGAUGAUCGGUGCUGAUCCCUGCUCUUACAACCGCCGGUUCUCGGCAAGGGGACAUGUACACUGAUCAUCAGGGCACUGAUGAUCAGUGUGCCCUGAUGAUCAGUGUAGCCCCAGCAGUGCCACCUGUCAGUGUCCAUCAGUGCCUU